CAAGUUUUGCAGCUGUGAGAGGUGAGCGUGCGUUCCAGCCUGGCUCUGACACCAGGAUAUGGGCCCCUCACUGCCAGGGGCCACAGGCAUGUUCUAGGACUUUUGAAGACCCCAUUUUCCACCCUCCAUGGCUGCAUACCAUUGCUGCGUCCCAUUUUGUAACAGUGAUUCUCGCUAUAAUGUGGAUAAGAAGAUUUCUUUUCAUAGAAUACCUGCUAUCCACGUGGAGCCCCGGAGACACCGGGACUGGUUGAACAGGAUCCGUAGAGAGCCAGGACCAAGUUUUAAGGUGUCUAGCUGCACUCGUGUCUGCUCCAAACACUUUCUGCCAUCGGAUUUUGUGAGAACAUUAACCGGAAAGAGGAAUCUAAAACCAACCAGCGUCCCGUGUAUAUUUCAAUGGACGACGGAUGAACUGAUGGAGCAGCAAACACCAUCCCCAAAGAAAAACUUAGGCAAUAAUGUCAGUAAGAACACACUCCAGCCAAUUUUGCCUUCUCAAACUCCAGCACAGAAAACAAAGCAGUCUGUCCCAAUAGUAUGGACGACAUCAGUCCUUGACCACUGUUACGACCUCCCUCCCAUGACAGACACCGAGAUGCUACAUGCAGCUCGGGAGGAAAUUGGGAGGUUACAGCAACGCAAUGCUGCCAUGGAAAAAAAUAUAUUCUCCCUGGAACGGUUUUCCACUGACUCAAGCCUUAUACAUUUUUACACCGGGUUCAAAGAUUACGCCACCUUAAAAGAUGUUUUUUCAACUCUGACUCCGGCAGAUGAUAACAUGGUGAAAUGGAAACACUGUCAACAGGAGGGAGAUUUGAGUGUUAAUAAAGGUUCCAAUUUAGAGGAAGAAUCCUUGGCAAUGAUUGACCAGUUCUUCAUGUUUUUAUGCAAAGUUCGCCAGGGCUUCUUUGACCAGGAUUUGGCUGUGAGGUUUAACAUUUCCGAAUCCAGGGUUACCAGGAUUAUCAUCACGUGGGCUAAUUAUUUGUACCUUGUACUUGGUGAAGUACCUCUAUGGCGGAGCCGAGAAAAUGGAAGUCAAGAUGUUCCAGAUUGCUUUAAGGCUUGGUAUCCGCGUGCCAGGGUCAUUUUGCAUUGUGCCGAAGUUAAAGUACAGACAAGCAACACAGAGAACACAACCUCUCCUUUAUACACGUAUUACAACAGCCAAACUACAUGCAAGGGCUUGCUGGGGAUAGCUCCUCAUGGAGCAGUUAUUUUUAUAAGCCCUUUGUAUUCUGGGAGUGCAUCAAUAAGAGACAUUACUAAAUCUUCAGGCAUUCUAGAUCUGCUGGAACCAGAUGACUUAGUCAUUACAGAUAAAGAUUUCCUUAUUCAGGACCUAGUGGAAUCAGCCGGUGCAAACCUAGUAAUCCUUCCAAUCAUUGCAACCACGACAUCGGUGGAAGAUGAGGCGAGGGUUUUGAUAAACCAGGCUGCGGAAAAGCACAGUGGGAUGAUUAUUUUGGCACCUACUACAGUAGAGGAGCACGAGACCUUGGUCAUGGCAUCAUCGGGUCUGGAGGAUGCAGUUGUAGAAUUAGAACAGUCAGCAGGAGAGGAAGAAGAUGGAGAGGAAAAUAUGAUUCAGGAGCGGGAAGUGGAAGUUGUGACGCAGUCUACAAACGUGCAAGAGGUCUUGGAGGAACAUGGAGCUCAUGUCAUGGAAACAGCUGAUCUUCAAAGUAGCCCCAAAAAUGAUGGCACUGUAAAAGUAGCAUCAUACACCAGAGAGGAGGUAGUGAUGUCCACACAAGAUCCUGAAAAGUAUGUAGAGGACUGCAGAGGAAUGGACAGUGCGAUAAAUGCACUCGCUCGUUUAAGAAUUUGUGUUGAUCAGGAUAUUGAGCGGGUUAAGCAGUACCAUCUUUUUGAUAAGAUUUUGCCCUUGACCUUAGCAGCUGUAACUAAUCAAAUCUGGGCCGUUUGUGCUAUGCUUUCAAACAUCAACGGCUCUCUAAGUUAGAGGCAUUUAUAGGUCUUAUUAAUAUGGCAGCCUUUCCUUGGAAGCCUUCCAACAAUAACUUUGACAUACAAUUUGUAUACUCUGAUAUUUAUUGUGCUUGAGGGUAAUGGCAUAUUUAAUUGGACAACCCUCUUGGCACUUACACAGCAAAUAGGCACGCUCACACCUGCUUGCCAUGUGUGGUUUCAAUCACUGACCUGGUAGAAUUAAUAGUAAUUAAAAUCUCAAGUCCUUAUUAAAUGCCACCAAUUUCCAGUUUAUGGGGACUACACAUAAAGCCAGUUCUGUAGCAGUCGGUAAAGGUCUGUACGUCUCACCGCUAUUGAAGUGGAAUGGUAACAGAAAUAUUGUAUAGAGGAAAUAAUAUAGUGUUAAAAAUAUAAUUAAAAGCUGAGGUUUAAUAUUGAAUAAAAGGAGAAGAAAGAAAUGGUGUAUGAAUUUUGAAAUUAGUAGGAAGUAACAGAUGGGUAACCGGAAAACCAGACAUCUUGAGGGUAGAAGUGAAAGAAAGUAUUUAUUGAACAGUGCCCCCUCGCCCCCUUCCCCUUUUAUUAAUCCAUAUAUCAAAUAGCCUUACGGCAUGGAAUCUGUCUGUGGACCUGCAUCUUGAUAUUACAGCCCGUUUCCUAUUUGGGAUUCUGAUGGCAUUGGUGCCAAUGGCAUGACAUUUACCACAUCUGUACAUCUGGGAGCAGUUUGCCUUGUAAACAUUUUAUUGCCCACAAAGUACACAUAUCUGAGCCUACUCCCCAAUGUGGAGAAUAACAGGGGUAUGUCCCGGUUAUUGCAUUUCCCUUUCUAUGUUUCUGUGUACAGAUAAACAUGGCAAUAGAUCCUUCGUUCAGUGCUAGAUCUGAGACACAAGGUAAAGAGAAACCACGCAGAUACAAAUUGAAAGCAGCAGAGUAACAGGUGAAUGUUGUGAGCUGCUUCAUGUGUAAAACAUUUUUAUUUCUCUUGGAAAAUGGAUGUCACCCACAACCUAUGCAUAAUGCUGAUUGUGUAGAUUCCGAUAUUUACUAACCCGAUAUUAUAAUCUUCCCCCUUCCAGUGUAGAAGUGGUAGUUGGCUUCCCAUAAUCCCUAGUGUGCAGCCACUCGUUGACAUUUAUGGGAUACCUCCAUGAAUGGAGGCGUUGUGUCUGCCUGUUUGUGGACUCCAUCUUAUAUUACAUAUUAACUGACUAUAAAUUGCCACCAAGAGGAGUUUUAUUUUUUACUCAGGCCUGCUUUAAAUGUUUAAUGUCCAUGGUUCAUUGUGCUUCUGUCUGUAAUAGGCAAACCGGAUUUCACUUGUGCAUUAAAUGACCGGUUUAAUGUUUUGUCUAAGUGUAAAUUACUUAAUAAUUUGGAAGAAAUGUAGAAUGCAGUCAGUUUUCUUUUUCUUUUACAACCCUACAUUUUUAUACUUUCUGAAAACUGAAUUGGUUGGGCCUCCCUUUUUUUUGAUGUCUGCUCCAAUAUCAUUUUUAAAGCAGCCUUGUGAGUUUGCAUUUGUGCUGAUAUUAAAUAAGU